UUGCGUCUCGCGGACGUGGCCAUUUCUCGCGGAGCCUCGUCACUCUUGCAAAACAUUGCCUGGAGUGUGCAAACCAACGAACGGUGGGGCAUUGUCGGUCCCAACGGAGCCGGCAAGUCCACUCUCCUGGGAGCCAUUACCGGGACGGUGCGGAUGGACCGGGGAGCCGCCUUGGUCGGACCCAAAGUGCGUGUCGGACAUCUCCGACAAUCCGCCGUCAGUGGAUCCGUGCGGACGCUGGCGGAAGAAGCCCGCAGCGAAAUGGUAGAGAUUGAACACGCACGGGAACGACUCCACCUCACGACUCUCGUAGUGGAAGGUGGGGAUUACAGUGAUCAGGCCUUGGCCGAGUUGGGGGAAGCCCAGGAACAAUUCGAAAAGGCGGGUGGCUACGAACAGGAACAAAUGGUGGAUUCCGUACUCAAAGGAUUGGGAUUUGAACCCCAAGACUCGCAUCGCUUGUGCAGCGACUUUUCCGGCGGCUGGCAAAUGAGAAUUGCCCUCGCCAGACUGCUUUUGAGCAAACCCUCUCUGUUACUCCUCGACGAACCCUCCAAUCACUUGGAUUCCUCCGCGCGAGAUUGGUUGGGCAAAUACAUUGCCAAGUACGACGGCAGCGUGGUUCUCGUUUCGCACGACGUGGAACUUUUGGACGCCUCGGUCAAUUCCAUUGCCGAAAUAUCCGGCAAUACGCUCCUGGAAUACCGCGGUUGUUCCUACAGCAAGUACCUCGACGAAAAAGAGUUCCGCGCCCAGUCCGCCGAAGCCGAAUACAAACGCAAUCUCGAAGAAGCCGCCCGGCUACAGUCCUUUAUCGACAAAUUCGGAGCGAGUGCCACCAAGGCGGCCUCGGCACAGUCCCGCGUCAAAAUGUUGGAAAAAAUGAAACGCGAAGGCAAGCUAGAUCCACCCCCCGUGGCGGUCGUCUCCCGUGGACCACAGCCGGAACUCGUCCUGCCCCCGCCACCCAAACCCAACGGCGAAAACCUUCUUGCUCUCACCAACGCCUCGAUUGGGCACGAUCCCGACCAAGAACCGCUGCUCACGAAUAUUGAUCUCACCAUUACGCGAGGUAUGAAACUGCUACUCCGGGGACCCAACGGCGCCGGCAAGUCGACCCUCUUGAAGGCGCUGCGUGGGAAUCUACCCCACAUGCUGAUGCAAGGCACCCGUACCGAGAACGACCGUCUGCGACUGGGGGUCUUCACCCAAGACUUGGCGCAGGAACUCGAUACCAACGCUCGCGCCGUCGACCUAGUGACUGCGUAUGCCCGGGAAGGAGCGGACGGAAACGUUGCCGUGACGGACGAAGCAGCCAGAAGCGUCAUGGGCCGACUUAAUUUGGGUGGCGAAAAGCCACUCCGCAAGGUAGGGGCGCUCAGUGGAGGAGAAAAGGCACGCGUAGCGUUGAGUAUGUUUGCCCUCAAGGCUAGUAAUUUACUCAUGCUGGACGAGCCCAGUAACCAUUUGGACGUGGGCUGCAUUGAUGCUCUGGCCAGGGCCUUGAGUGGAUGGGGAGGAAAAGACGGAGCCGUCGUGGUCAUUUCUCACGAC